AUUCCAACAAAACCCUCUCCCAUUGGAUCACGCCAAAAACCAACCGGAAUGUGCUAUGCUCACCCGAAUUUUUGGCGGGUAAACACCAGAGCGUCUUUAAAUGUGUACUAACAGUGACAUGAUGGUGCUUUUGUAUGAAUCGUUUCUAAUAUCGAAUAACAGAUGGUGCCAGGAAUGUUAACGAAGUUGUGGUCUGUAUUGAUGAAACAGGAAUAAAAGCAGACCAUGGGGAUUCAAGGGUUGCUGCAGUUUGUUAAGGAAGCCUCAGAGCCAAUUCAUAUCAAGAAGUACAAAGGACAGACUGUUGCAUUGGAUAUGUACUGCUGGCUGCACAAAGGGGCUUUUGCAUGUGCUGAUAAAUUAGCACAAGGAGAGCAGACUGAUCAAUAUGUUAAUUAUUGUAUGAAAUUUGUUGAAAUGUUGGACUCAUUUGGAGUCAAGCCAGUCUUGGUUUUUGAUGGAUGCACUUUACCUUCUAAAAAAGCAGUUGAAAAAGCUCGAAGAUUACGUAGGCAAGCAAACUUGCAGAAAGGAAAGCAGUACCUUCGCGAAGGAAAGACAAAAGAAGCUAGAGAGUGUUUUGCUCGUUCUGUCAACAUAACAUCUGCCAUGGCUCAUGAAGUCAUAAAAGCAGCAAGAAUGCGGGGAAUGGAUUGUAUUGUAGCACCAUAUGAGGCAGAUGCUCAAUUGGCUUACUUAAACAAGAUUGGCAUUGCACAAGCAGUUAUAACGGAAGAUUCAGAUCUCUUGGCAUUUGGAUGUAAAAAGGUUGUACUGAAAGUGGACAAGAAUGGGAAUGGCAUAGAAAUUGACAGAGCUCAGUUUGGCAGAUGUAAACAGCUCGGCAAUGUUUUCACUGAAGAGAAGUUCAGAUAUAUGUGUAUUUUGUCAGGGUGCGAUUAUUUGGCAUCCAUUCAUGGAAUUGGCUUAGCUAAAGCAUGCAAGCUUCUUCGGAUUGCAAACAAUCCAGAUAUCAUUACGGUUAUUAAGAAAAUGGGGCAAUAUCUGAAGACAACUUUAACUGUUACAGAAGAAUAUAUAGAUGGAUUCAUUCGGGCAAAUAACACAUUUCUAUAUCAAUUGGUCUUUGAUCCAUUGAAACGGAAACUUGUUCCUUUAAACGCUUACUCAGACAAUGUUGAUCCAGAAACACUUGACUAUGCUGGGCGACAUUUUGGUGAUGAGAAGGCUCUUCAUAUAGCUCUCGGAAAUAUAGAUGUCAGUACUUUGGAAACCAGAGAUGAUUACAACCCAUGUAGUUUCCAGACUCCAGCAAAAAUUACUCUUGGACAGAAUGACAAAGAAGUGACGAAGCAGAAACUGCCACACAUGCUUAGUAUUUGGAGUAAAGAGUACAGGCCUUCUGAAAAUCAACUUUUGGUCCCAAAGGCACAAAUAUCACCAGAAAAACCCUGCACAAGGGGUAAAGAGAAAGUUAUCAACAUUAAAAGAUUAAAACUUCCCAAUAGAGAGAUGAUGGCUAAAAGACCAAGAGAAGAUGAAGGUCUUUCGGAUGGAGACUUGCUAAGUCAGUACUCCUUUCCAAGUAGCAAAAAACAAGUUGUUGAAAAGUGCCUAUCACCACAAUCUCCUUCAGAAGAGGAACAACACUCAUUAGUGAGCCACUCGGUCAAGGAUGAAAAUCCAAGGUCUCAUCAUAAGAUGCGGAAUCGGUUUGCUACCAUUUUGCAAAAGAGAAAUCAAGAUUCAGGUGCCAUUGUUGUUCCUGGAACCAGAAGCCGGUUCUUCUGUAGUCCCAAAGAAACUUGUGUUUCAUCUGAUCAAAACACUGGAACCAAAGCAUUAUCUGAUGCAACAGAAAGAUGCAAGGAUUUGAACUCAAUUAGUUGUUUUAAUAGCGAGGAAAAUGACAUCUUUACAAAUAUAAAGAAAAAUGGAUGUGAACUUUUGAACACCAGUCCUAAAGCCAAUACGGCUCGCUCAGAUUUGAAUUUAGUGGCCAGAAAAAAUAUAAGUGCUUUCAGUUGGUCUGGAGAUCUGGGAGAAAAAUCAAGAAAGCCCAAUCCUGCUGCUGGUUUAUCUGUAUUGCAGCAAUUCUGCAGAAAGGUGGAAUCUUCACCUGUAAGUGGAGAUAUUGACAGAAAAGUACAAAGCAAUCAGAGUGCAAUCGAGAACAAGCCAAGCCUUCUAGAACUAUGUGAGGAAUCCAUAGAUGAUGACUCUGAAAUGAUGGCCUGCCCACAAUCUCCUCUUGGUGUUAGUUCUUCUCUGGACAGUUCAUACAGUGGUUUUGAUUCCUUGGGCUCUUCUCAAAUGUCGCGGAAUUCUGACUUGGAUGAAACCAGUAACAAAGCAACAUCAUGUGAUCAGGUUUGCAGUCCUGUCACUCUGCCAGAAUUACCUGAAAAAGUGAUUGUAACUGUAAAGCACAGGGUUCCUGGGUUGCAAAAGCUGAGCCCUGGAUCUUUAAGAAUGUCCACUAAACUGAAGCUUCCAGGACCAGCCAAAGCCAGUGGUUUAAACAAAAGGUCACUGUCACUACAGAAAAGGACAUUUACCUCAAAUAAUGAGAACACACCUGAACUGCAAGCAACCAUCCGCGAUUUAUGGCAGAAAUUUGGAUUUAAGGGGGAGUCCAGGAAGCUUCAAUCGAGUCAAAAAUCUCACCCAAUGUCUCCUGUAAAGGACAACUUGCAAAUAUUGACCCCAGAGACUGAUCAAAGUAUUUUAUUGAAAUCAGAAUGUUGUUCUGUUCAAAGGGCCAUACAGUGGUGAGGAAAUCCAUGAAGAUAUUUAAACUAGUUUCAAUUUAACUAGGAAUAUUUAACCAUAAUGAAUUUUUUUUAUUUUAGCCAGGAUAAAAAUAUAAAGUUGGUGUAGAUCGCAAGGUGCCACAUAUCUGCCACUGGUAGAAAAUAUGCUGGAGAUGUGUAAUAGCAGUUAUUAAUAUGAAAUCUUUUACAAUGUAUUUUAAUGACUGAAUUGACUGAAGACUUGAAUGUUACUGUUUUGAACACAGCCUUGUGAAAGGGGGAAACUGGUUGGGGGAGCAGGUAAAUCUGUUCAACAGCCUCCCCUCAAGUUACCCCUGUUGAGCCCCACAUUCCCUCCCCACUGAGAGACCCCUUGACUUACCUGGUGCGGGACCCCAGGACUACUCCAGGUGGCUUUGCUGCCACUACAUAGCUGCUGGCCAAUCUACCCAAAUUAAGGGUAUUGAGGGGCAACCAUCCUCUGUGGGGAUGAGUCACUGCUAACUCUUUGGGUGAAGGCACAGGAAACUCUGGCACCCAUUAACUUCCGUACUUGAACACAUAACCUGGAUAAGCAUUUUUAGGUGGAACAUUAAACCAAGAUUUGUCUACUUUCUUGGGUCAAUAUAAAACACUGUACAGUACUAUUUUGAGGACAUGCAGCCCGGUGUUGUGACCAAUAUUACUUCCUCAAUCAAUAUCAUCUAAAUGCAAUUACCCAAUCAUUGUCAUUGCUGUUUUUGGAAUCUUGUUGUGCCCUAACCGACUACCUAACUGACUACCACUUUAUUUGCAUUAUAACUGUAACUUUAAAAAAAAAAAAUCACAUCUGGAAAAGGUUUUCAUACAUCACAAGUUUGAAAAAUCCAGUAUAUAAAUGCAAGUCUUUCUGCAAUAAGAGCAAGGCAGCUAAGCAACCCAAUUUAGGAUGUGUUUUUCAAGAUGCCACCGGAGGGGAAAUAUUUCCAGUAAUACGCACAGUCUGUCACAGAUAAUGGUAAAUGCUGCUAAGUUGCCAAUAUUUGGAGUGAGGGAUUGUCCAUACUACUUGUGGAGUUUACACAGUCAUUCCCACUGCUGCUAGUGCUCCAAAUUUUUCCCUAGGAUGUGAAUAGGCUAGAUUCUGAGCAAUGGCAGUCUGAUCACAUUGCAUCAGUUGGAAAAGCCCUAUAAAAUGUGCCACUUGUUAUUUUACUCCAGUUAAAGUGAACGUGAUCGUGUGAAAUAGAUCUUUAAAUAUUUUACAGAAGAGAAAUGGAUUCAUGCACAGGACAGCAGUUUUUUUCAGAAAUUGACUUUCUUGUAUUUUCAUACAAGGAGUCAGUUUUGUAUCUACAGUAGUUCAUUGACUUGGUAAAAUAUUCUGAAAAUAAAAUCCUGAAACACAUUGUGUUUGAUUUUAUUACAAACACACAUACACUGUACAAUGU